CGGGGACACUCCCUUUGGAAAAAAAAAAAGAGCUCUUUAUGCAAAAACAACCCUCUGGAUGGCAUGGGGUGAAUAUAAAUACUUCUUGACUGCCAGUGUGUUUAUAACUUUGCAGCGAGUCAAAAACUGAGGCUCCAACCCCAGAGAACACAGCCUCAUCACUGCUUUAAACAUCUCUCGGCCGCCUUUGGCGAGGGAACUGAGCAGUUCCAGACAGUCCCGAAGCUCCCAAGGCACAGGUCUCUUCCCAGUUGGACUCUCCUUACCCCGGGGAGGCAGUGCAGCCCGCUGCGAGCCCCACAGUGAAGAACGUCUGAGCUCAAAUCCAGAGAAGUGACAUAAGUGCCCCACUUUGCAAAACCACAGAGAUGGCCUGUCCUUGGAAGUUUCUGUUCAAGGCCAAAUUCCACCAGGAUGUAAAGACGGAGGGAAAAGACAUCAAUAACAAUGUGGGCAAAAUCCCCUCUGCCACCUCCAGUCCAGUGGCACAGGAUGAACCCCUGCAUCACAGCCUCAGCAAGGCACAGAAUGAGUCCCCACAGCCCUUCAUGGCGACAGGAAAGAAGUCUCCAGAAUCCCUGGUCAAGCUGGAUGCAACCCCAUCGUCCUGCCCACGGCACGUGAGGAUCAAAAACUGGGGUAGCGGGAUGACUUUCCAAGACACACUUCACCACAAGGCCAAAGGGAUUUUGACUUGCAGGUCUAAAUCUUGCCUGGGGUCUAUUAUGACUCCCAAAAGUUUGACCAGAGGACCCAGGGACAAGCCUACCCCUCCAGAAGAGCUUCUACCUCAAGCUAUCGAAUUUGUCAACCAAUAUUAUGGCUCCUUCAAAGAGGCAAAAAUAGAGGAACAUCUGGCCAGGGUGGAAGCAGUAACAAAGGAGAUAGAAACAACAGGAACCUACCAACUGACGGGAGAUGAGCUCAUCUUCGCCACCAAGCAGGCCUGGCGCAAUGCCCCGCGCUGCAUAGGGAGGAUCCAGUGGUCCAACCUGCAGGUCUUCGAUGCCCGCAGCUGUUCCACCGCCCGGGAGAUGUUUGAACACAUCUGUAGACACCUGCGUUACUCUACCAACAAUGGCAACAUUAGGUCGGCCAUCACCGUGUUCCCCCAGCGGAGCGAUGGGAAGCACGACUUCCGGGUGUGGAACGCUCAGCUCAUCCGCUACGCCGGCUACCAGAUGCCCAAUGGCAGCAUCAGAGGGGACCCUGCCAACGUGGAAUUCACUCAGCUGUGCAUCGACCUCGGCUGGAAGCCCAAGUACGGCCGCUUCGAUGUGGUGCCCCUGGUCCUGCAGGCCAAUGGCUGCGACCCUGAGCUCUUCGAAAUCCCACCUGACCUUGUGCUUGAGGUAGCCAUGGAACAUCCCAAGUACGAGUGGUUUCGGGAACUGGAGCUAAAGUGGUAUGCCCUGCCUGCAGUGGCCAACAUGCUACUCGAGGUGGGCGGCCUGGAGUUCCCGGGGUGCCCCUUCAAUGGCUGGUACAUGGGCACAGAGAUCGGAGUCCGAGACCUCUGUGACGUCCAGCGCUACAACAUCCUGGAGGAAGUGGGCAGGAGAAUGGGCUUGGAAACGCACAAGCUGGCUUCUCUCUGGAAAGACCAGGCUGUAGUUGAGAUCAACAUUGCUGUGCUCCAUAGUUUCCAGAAGCAGAAUGUGACCAUCAUGGAUCACCACUCAGCUGCAGAAUCCUUCAUGAAGUACAUGCAGAACGAAUACCGGGCCCGCGGGGGCUGCCCGGCCGACUGGAUUUGGCUGGUCCCUCCCAUAUCUGGGAGUAUCACCCCCGUGUUUCACCAGGAGAUGCUGAACUACGUCCUGUCCCCGUUCUACUAUUAUCAGGUAGAGGCCUGGAAAACCCAUGACUGGCAGGACAAGAAGCGGAGACCCAAGAGAAGAGAGAUUCCAUUGAAAGUCUUGGUCAAAGCCGUGCUCUUUGCCUGUAUGCUGAUGCGCAAGACGAUGGCGUCCCGAGUCAGAGUCACCAUCCUUUUUGCGACAGAGACGGGAAAAUCAGAGGCACUGGCCUGGGACCUGGGGGCCUUGUUCAGCUGUGCCUUUAACCCCAAGGUUCUCUGCAUGGACAAGUACAGGCUGAGCUGCCUGGAGGAGGAGCGGCUGCUGCUGGUGGUGACCAGCACGUUCGGGAACGGAGACUGCCCUGGCAACGGAGAGAAACUAAAGAAAUCCCUCUUUACACUGAAAGAGCUCACCAACAAAUUCAGGUAUGCGGUGUUUGGCCUCGGCUCCAGCAUGUACCCUCAGUUCUGUGCGUUUGCUCAUGACAUUGACCAGAAGCUGUCCCACCUGGGGGCCUCUCAGCUCACCCCGACAGGAGAAGGGGAUGAGCUCAGUGGGCAGGAGGACGCCUUCCGCAGCUGGGCUGUGCAAACCUUCAAGGCAGCCUGUGAGGCAUUUGAUGUCCGAGGCAAACAGCACAUUCAGAUCCCCAAGCUCUACACCUCCAGUGUGACCUGGGACCCGCACCACUACAGGCUCGUGCAGGACUCACAGCCUUUGGACCUCAGCAAAGCCCUCAGCAGCAUGCACGCCAAGAACGUGUUCACCAUGAGGCUGAAAUCUCGGCAGAAUCUACAGAGUCCAAAAUCCAGCCGCGCCACCAUCCUGGUGGAACUCUCCUGUGAGGAUGGCCAAAGCCUGAGCUACCUGCCAGGAGAGCACCUUGGGGUUUGCCCAGGCAACCAGCCAGCCCUGGUUCAAGGCAUCCUGGAGCGAGUGGUGGAUGGCCCCGCGCCACACCAGACAGUGUGCCUGGAGGCCCUGGACGAGAGUGGCAGCUACUGGGUCAGAGACAAGAGGCUGCCCCCCUGCUCACUCAGCCAGGCCCUCACCUACUUCCUGGACAUCACCACCCCCCCAACCCAGCUGCUGCUCCAAAAGCUGGCCCAGGUGGCCACAGAAACAACUGAGAGACAGAGGCUGGAGGCCCUGUGCCAGCCCUCAGAGUACAGCAAGUGGAAGUUCACCAACAGCCCCACGUUCCUGGAGGUGCUGGAGGAGUUCCCAUCCCUGCGGGUGUCUGCUGGCUUCCUGCUCUCCCAGCUCCCCAUUCUGAAGCCCCGGUUCUACUCCAUCAGCUCCUCCCGGGAUCACACGCCCACCGAGAUCCACCUGACUGUGGCCGUGGUCACGUACCACACCCAAGAUGGCCAGGGUCCCCUGCACCACGGUGUCUGCAGCACAUGGCUCAACAGCCUGAAGCCCCAAGACCCAGUGCCCUGCUUCGUGCGAAAUGCCAGCGGCUUCCAGCUCCCCGAGGACCCCUUCCAUCCUUGCAUCCUGGUCGGGCCUGGCACAGGCAUCGCCCCGUUCCGCAGUUUCUGGCAGCAACGGCUCCACGACUCCCAGCACAAGGGAGUGCAGGGAGGGCGCAUGACCCUGGUGUUCGGGUGCCGCCGUCCAGAUGAGGACCACAUCUAUCUGGAGGAGAUGCUGGAGAUGGCCCGGAAGGGGGUGCUGCACGCGGUUCACACAGCCUAUUCCCGCCUGCCGGGCAAGCCCAAGGUCUAUGUUCAGGACAUCCUGCGGCAGCAGCUGGCCAGCGAGGUGCUCCGUGUGCUCCAUGAGGAGCCGGGCCACUUCUAUGUUUGUGGGGAUGUGCGCAUGGCCCGGGACGUGGCUCACACCCUGAAGCAGCUGGUGGCUGCCAAGCUGAACUUGAAUGAGGAACAGGUUGAGGACUAUUUCUUUAAGCUCAAGAGUCAGAAGCGUUAUCAUGAAGAUAUCUUUGGUGCUGUAUUUUCCUAUGAGGCGAAGGAGGACAGGGCAGUGGUGCAGCCCAACAGCCUGGAGAUGUCCGCGUUCUGACGGCGUACUGAGGGGUCGAAGCUGCCAGCACAGAACGUAACCGCAGAGCCAGCUCUGCAUUAUCCGAGGCCGCAGGACCUGGGGGAGAUGGAAGAAAGCGAUAUGCCCAAGCCUCACAUCCUAUUUCCUCACCUCGUUCCCCAUCAAAUCCUUUAUUUGACCUGCCAAGUAGCACCCUGGAUUGGUCGGAACCUUCUCUCUCAAGCUGGGACCUCCCUGGUCUCUUGGAGAUGAAAUCUUCAAUGCCAGGCCUGGCAAGUGGGUAAAGAUGGAACCCGCUGCUGAGUGCAUCACUGCAAGUGACCACCAGGAGGUGCUGUCGUGCCACUGUGUAUUUAACUGCCCUGUGUACAGUUAGUUUUUUAAAUACAGAGGCAUAAAUAACACCCAGACUGUUCCCAGCGGCCACUUGGGCCUUCCCUAUAUGAUUCCUUGAUGGAGAUAUUUAUAUGAAUUGCAUUUUAUUUUAAUCAC